CAAAUCACAUUUUAGCGUCAGUCGCUCAAAGCUGGAAAUCAUUUGAGAAGCUGUGAGUAAAAUCAUCAGGAGGGGAAGGCAUCCAACUAUCCAAGCUCCACAUCGUGUUCUUGAGAAGUUUGAGUCUCGUCGUUCUGCAAAUUUUCAAGGGUUUUAAGAAUUAGGGCUCGUUGAAAACCUUUUAGGCAUCUUCUCUGAUUCAAUCCCCUGAUUCUCUAUAUCUCAAAACUAUCUCUACUCCUUCCUGAUAACGUUCUCUGCAAAAAAAAAAAAAAACAACCCCGAAAAGAUAAAAUUUCCAAGAAGUAGAACAAGAUGGAUCGUCAAAUACUGGACUACCUGCCUCAAGAAGUACUAACCGAUAUUUUCACAAGAGUACCCAUCAAAUCCCUCCUUCUCUGUACUCUCGUCUGCAAAUCUUGGCACACCUUCGUCACGGACCCGAGUUUCGUCAUCGCUCACCUCAACCGACCUCGAACCCUAUCCCACAACAAUGCCCACGACCUGAUUCUCCUUCGCAACUACUCCGAGCAGCGCAAGGAAGAGGUGUACUCGCUCCGUUUCGAUGACGAAUCGUUCCGCGAGUACCAAAAGAUUGAAUUCCUGUUCAAGAGCGCCGCGAAUGAUUUUUACCGGGUAGUCGGUUGCUGCAAUGGGGUGGUUUGUAUCACCGACGAUCAGUUUAGGUACGCGCACGACACGGUUCUGUGGAACCCUUCGAUAAGGAAGUCCGUGACCCUUCCGAAACCUAGGAUAAGUGAGGCAAAAUUUGAGCACGUGAUGGGGUUCGGGUUUGAUCACAAAACGAACGACUACAAGGUGGUGAGGAUCGUGUAUCUUGAAUCUAGGAAAAGACCCGAGAUCGACGUUUAUAGGUUCAGCUCGGGAAGUUGGGAGGACAUUAGCCGUUCGGGUGGUCUUGGGUUUUAUUCCAUUCGGAAAAAGGCACCGCAGGCUUAUUUGAAUGGUGCUGUGCAUUGGUUCACGACUGAUAAGAGGAGUGGUCACCAUUUGGUGGUGUCGUUCAAUACGGGGGAUGAGUUGUUUAGACCAAUAGUGGUGCCUGAUGGUGUAGGAACUGAUUUGAGUUGUCUUGUUAGUGUUCGUCCUGCUGUUUUUCUGGGAGAUCUCGCCCUGAUUGAAUGCAAAAUAAGUACUGGUCAGGAAAAUUGGAGCGUGUGGGUAAUGAGAGAAUAUGGUGUGGCCGAGUCUUGGACUGAACACCUAUGUUUGGAGGUUGGUCAGGUACUGGAGAGGAUGGUUGGGUUUAGAAAGAGUGGUGACCUCUUGGUUGAAAUGAGUGGAGGGAAGCUUCUUUCUUAUGACCCUGAGACUGAAAAGUUUACGGAACUUGAAGUUGAUAGCAAUGUCAGUAUUUCGACCUGGUUUCAUGCAGAGAGUUAUAAAGAGAGCCUUGUUUUACUGGGGAGACAUGGCUUACUGGGGAGUCAAGUUCUUGGAGAGAAGAAUAGAGUUGAGAGAGCUGGGACAAGGAAACGAAAAGCAAGGAAAAAGUAGAAACCAGGGAAGCUACCUUGAUGAGGAGUUCUGCCAUGGAUAUGAGGACCAAGGUGGUCUUACAGGAUUGCAUUGGGGUGGAGGACCAUGUUCAGGAAGGAAGGAAGGAAAGGUUAGAAAAAGUCUGCAAGAAAAGAAAUUGCAUUUUGAACUCUUUUAUGUUUGCGGAUCAAAAUUAAAAAUCAAGUGACUUUGGUAUGACCCACUUUAGCUAGUUUCUCCAAUGAAAUGCAUGGUUGAGGGUUAGUUUGUUUUACUUUCUUGAAGCUUUAGUGCUGAUGUUUUCCCUAACUCGCAUGCUUGGAGAUGUAUGAUGUCUCCUUUCUGUUCUUAUGGUUUUUAGCUUUCACAUGUGUCAUGGUGCCAAUAUUGUUCAGUGCAACUGUUAGACUGGGAAGGCGCAUCUCCUCUAGGCAUGGUUUAAUUUUUCUCUUAUGCUAACUACAUCAGUUAUUGAUGCGAUGCCAAGGCAUUGCAUUGCACCGAUUAUUUUUUGGUUUGCGUUAGAUAUUGUCAGGAAUCUAGAGCAGUUUUUUUUCGGUCAUAUUGUUUUUCAUCAAGCCAAGCAUUGAGAUAUAGAUUAUUAGGAACUUCUAUCUGAAACUCUUAAUAGCGUUCUUUUUGUGUUGGGGAUUUAUCUUUGAGACGAUGGAGGAUGAGGAUAGAGGCACCAUCAUUUAUCAGAUUCCAUUGAGUUACAUAACAAAAUGCUAACAGAUGAUUUCUGAAUAAGGUUUUACCAUAUGAAAUCUGGAACUUAAUUUUUGUGCUCCUACUUGGAGAUAUCGAUUUUCAAGUUUGUACAAUAUUUUGUCUCGUGUCCUGCAUAGGACAACACAUUUAUGCUGCUUGUUAAAGAAUACCGUCUAUAUUGUCUUUUAUGUGCUUAAAUCAAUCAAUUUUCCUACUCAUAUUCAUGCAAUUGAAUUUGGUAUCAUCGAGCAAAUCGUGUCAUCGAUUGGUGAGAAUUGGUCCUCAUGAAUUUUCCAAGGUCUUAAAAUUGCUGGGGCAUGUCAAGGCACCCCAGAUGCUCAGAGAAAAUAAAGUCAUGCCUUUCAUUCGUGUUUUUUCUCUGUAACAAGUAUCCUUGGGUAGACCAUGGAAGGAAAGGUGAUGUAUAGAGGUCCCCAAGACCAAACAAUAGAUUGCGUGAUCUCACUACAGGAUAACAUUCUUAUAUACCAUCCGAUUCCUUAGACCUCCCCUCAGCGCUGGCAGCCUUAUUUUUAUCUUGAUCUUCUUUUAUUUAUUCCUUUCCUUCUUGGGAUUUCAAGCAUCAUGCUUGUUAAACUUUGGCAGCUUAUCACGUUCUGAUCUCGUUUCCCUAUUCUUAUUGGUCACUAUGUUAUCUAGUUAUGUGUUAUUUGUGGUAUUUCCGAUAUCUAAAGCUAAUAUCAAUACUCUCAUUCAGGUGCUACAUGGAACAUAGGUUUCCCUCAACAACAGCCUGUUUCUUGUGUUUGAAGUUAGCUAUUUGUUAGCUAAGCUGAGAAUGAUGGAGGUGGUGUUAUUAUCAAAGAACCUGAAAAAUCUUUUAGGUUCCCCUUAUUUCCUUCACGAAAUUAGACUUAUGUAGCAAUUUCCGUAGUCUUAUAGAGGGUCUUCUUUAUCUUCUUUCCGCUUAUCUAUGUCCAAUAAGAAGAAAAGGCUGAGAAAGAGAUCGGAUGAAUAUUGAAAUGGAAACUUGUCUCCUUCAGUUAUUCUAUGAAGUGUAUUUCAUAGCUGAUCGAGUUGUGCAAAUGUGUUUCUACAGCUAUAGGGUUGUUUUUUCUCUUCUCUUAGGCUAGUCGAUGUAUCCUAAGGGUUUGACAUUGUGGACCUUUAGUUUAAGAUAGUACCUUGAGCUAACUUGUAUAUCUUCCUCUUCCAGUGAUAUGAGUUGCAUUAUUUCCGAGAAAAGAGAAGGAAAAUGUUGUGUCUUGUGAGGCACGCAUUCAUAGGGGCUUCAAGGUAGAACUACAAGGAGAAGAUAAAGGAGAGAACCAUUUGAGCAGAUUUCCAUGCCUCUCCUAAAUGAUAUAAGAAUCUGAGUAAGAUAAGAAAAUGGAGGAGAAGGGUCAGUACUCAGUAGAAUACAGGGAGAGUUGAAUUUCGUUCAUAUCUUUGGUCCAGUCCUGUUUUAGAACGACGAUACUUACCACCAAUUUUAGGUUUAACCCAAAUACAUAGGGUAGUAAUUUUUCCUAAACAUUCAUGUGGUGUUGUGAAAGAAAGCUUAAGGAAAUUUUGCUUCGGUUUUUGUGAUUCUUCAAGACUAGGAAGAUAUCUGCCUUGGUUUGAUAAUUUUGUGGGGGGUUUUCCUUCUUGUCGAAAACAAAAAGACUCUGGGCUACUGGCAUUUGAAACAUGCUUGAUCCUUUCAUGCAUGUGUGACAGAGAAUAUAGCAAAUAAUUACCUUUCUUCAAUACUUGUAAAAUUUCCUUCUUCUAUGUAAAAUUGGAUGAAUAUUGCACACUCUUCGUUCAGCAGCUGAAAUAUGGCUCUUAUUGUGUUAUCUUGUAAUUCGGUCUAUCAUUCACAUCUGUCGUUUUAAGCUC